AUGUCACUUUCAGUUGAAGAAUACGAAUAUGGGGAUUAUUUCAAUCCCACAAAUAGAACUAGGAAUUUAACCAUAAGUGAAGAAAUGACUGAACAUCAGGAAAUAGUGAGUUCAAUAGACCCAAAGCAACUAUUACUAGAUCUGGAAAAAUUAUGUCGCAAACAAAUCUUAAACUGGCACGACAGCAACAAUCUAGAGAGGAACAAUAAAUAUAAACUUAUACCCAAGGGAUUGAAAUUGGAGAAAAAACCGAUAAUGGAUAGCACAGAAGUUGAACUACUAACGGAGUGGGAUAAUGCACUGGAAGAGUGCUCGUACAAAUUUAUUGACAUUCUGAUUAGAUUUAGAAACAAAAAAGUACAGAUUUUGGGGGAACAGAUCAAAGAGAUACGCGAACAACUUAAUCCCUUCAAGGGAGAUAUUUACUAUAGCGAACUAGAUAAGGACAACAAGACUAAGAUGGAAAGAUUUGACAAGGUCAUAGAAACCAAAAAAUUAAAUAAAUUUUACAGGGAUUUUAAUCAAAACAAAAAAGAAAAAGAACAAAACGAAGAAAUGGAUAUUUGGCAAAAUAAUACACCAAUUACUGUUAAUGGUGAAGACGAUGUAUUCAACUGGCUCCAAAUAGAUUCACCUAACUUUUCUGUGAAUCAACAGUAUAGGGAACUAAAUGAAAGUCUAUCCAAUCCGUCCCAACAGAGUAAAAUUACUAAAGACAUCAAAAGGGUAGACUUUAAACAGCUACAUCAUAUAAAUAGAGAUGAUGGAACUAGAGAUGAUGGAAUCAAUAGAAUAAAAAAUAAUAAGAAUAACUAUGAGCAUAAGGGAGAGUAUAGGAGACCAUCAUUCAGGAAUCAACAACAUUGGAGACAACAGCAACCACGUGGAAACUAUUAUCAAGACCAUUUUAAUAGAAGGAACUUUAGGGAGGAGGUAUACCAUAGAAACCAAACAGUAAAUACAGGCAAUGAGAGGACUCACCAUGCCAAUUACCAACAAAGGCGAGAGUAUGGUACCAAUAAUUAUUAUUACAACCAUAAUCCAAACUAUUCAAGGGGACGAGACUAUAGACCCCAUUAUAGACGAGAUGACAACUCUAACUGGGGUAAUAAUAGAGCAGGGGGACUGGACAAAAGGGAGCAUUACAAAAACCCAGGCUUAAAAGAAAGAUACCCAGAGAAUAAAAAUUGUCAUUUUUUAGAGAAGAGCUCGGGAAAAAUAGAAAGGAACAAGGAGUCAAAUACUCAAAUACCCCCAGAAUCCCCGCAAUGGAGAACGAGGGGAAUAAAGAGAGGCAACGAAGAUAUAGAGGGUGCAGAGGAAGGGGAAAAACUAGGAGCAAAAAGGAAAAAACAAACUUUGGUUCUACAAACAAAGAUGUAG